CAAACUUUUUUGAAUUUCGACCAAUUCAUUUAUAUCUUAAUCAGUUAGGACGUAAUUUCAAAAGUUAAAUCUUAGCACAACCCUAUACUUUGUACACGCGAAGGACUAUACAACUAUUGACAUACCGGCUUUUUGUUUAUACACAUGUAUUAUGUAUGUGCUAUUUUUACAACUAUCGUUGAGGACCCCUAACACGUAUUCGAUUCCUACCCGUGUCAGCGAGUUAUUUGAGCUAUGAUAGAACUUUAAUUAUGACAGUGGGGAGUGCCUAUAGGCUGUGUGUUUUGGAGAUGGUUGCUAUUUUCUCUUGAGACGACAGGAGUUGGACGGACUAAGCAUGCUGAAUUGAAGAGUGAGAUUGUCCCGAACAGGUGACAGAUCACUGAGUUAUAGCUACCAUGGGUUGCGGAACCUCCACCCAAACAAAGCCGACUAAAAGUCGAGAGACACAUGACACGGUCAUUAGCGAUGUGGAUUUAGACGACAACUAUAACGAAUCGUCCACAAACAAAAGAUUGGGAAAUUCUUCUAAGAACUCCUCCUCAACCCCCGCCAUCACUGUUACACAAACUUCUGCAACCAAGCGACAUGCACCAACCCAACCUCAGACGGCGAAACAGUCAAAAUCUUCGACAAAAUCUCACAUCGAUGAAAGUCUUGAAUUGGAAGCUCUAGAUGGGGAAGACUAUCCACCAAAGCCAUGUAAACUGAAGAAAAUUGAUAUCGUGCCAGAUGUUAGCAUGUUUAAAAACAUCGAUGAACAUGUAGCUAAGACUCCUAAAUCUGCUACAGCAUCAAUCCCAGAACUAGCAAAAUAUCUCUGUCAGCCAGCAAAGAAUCAUCUGGAAAAAAUUCGGGCAAUUUACCAAUGGGUCUCGAGAAAUAUUGAGUAUGACGUGGCGGGAUUCCUCAAUCUUGACGGAGCACAAAAGAAAUCCAAUGAUCCAGAUUCCGUACUCCGCAACCGCUGCAGUGUGUGUCAGGGCUAUGCCGACCUGUUUUUGUCUCUAUGCAGAGAGGUAAAUGUUCCAGCAAAGACUAUUUCCGGAUAUGCGAAGGGGUAUGGCCACAAGGCUGGCGUCGCCAUAACAACCAAAACAGAUACAAAUCAUGCCUGGAAUGUCGUUUUCGUAAACAAUGAAUGGCGUCUUGUUGAUUGCACGUGGGACGCCGGUCAUGUUGGCGACAAUAAAUUUCACAGGCAUGAGGGAGAAUUUUACUUCUUGACUGACCCAGAUAUUUUCAUCAACGACCAUUUUCCAUACACUAAAAAGGACAUGACUUUAAGUCAGCAAUGGCAGUUACUUAACCAGCCACGUGACUUAGAAAACUUUAGCAAGUUGGUAAAGAUGCCAAAACAGGCUGUUCUGUAUGAUGUAGACUUAGUGUCGCACAAAGAGUCAAUAAUCCCGGUGACAAAGGAAGUAGUUGUCAAGCUUGUCGCAAGAGGAAAGCUUCUUAACAACGUAGGCGCACGCCUCAGUGACGUAAACGGCACAUUGCAUGACCAGUGUGUGUUUGUUGAGAAGGAAAGGGAGACAACAUACUCUGUAACGGUCAGGCCUCAAAAACUGGGAAAGUACACUCUAAGUCUGUAUGGAAACCAGGGAGAACAGAACAGUUUAAAUAGUCUAGUCAGUUACGUGAUUGACUGUAAAAUAGUAGACAAAACCGCCAAACCAUUUCCGGUACAUUUUGGUUUGUGGGGAGCAGAACCUAACUACGCAGAGUAUGGGUUUGACAAGAGAGUGGCGCAACGUGCAUCAUUUGAAUCGGAUACAGGAGAGUUAGAAAUGCGUCUGCCGGUCAUAGAGCCAGUUAAAGCUCUUGGCAAGCUAGCAUUCUCUGAAGACGACGAGGGCGAUGAUGAAUACAUUAUGUUGGAGCAAGGUCAGAGCGAGCUCGUGGUCCAAAUACGAAUGAACAGAGCGGGCUUUUACAAAUUUCUGAUGUUUGCAAAGAAAGAAAAUGGUUCUUCUUACGAAAAAGUAUUGCAGUAUCUCAUAUAUUGUAAAAACCCAGUAAAGCAAUAUCAACCAUUCCCGAAAGUCUUUCCAGAAGCUAUGGUUGGACGCAUGACUCUUAUCGAGCCAAAAACAAAGUCAAUUCCAGCGGAAACGGAUGUUCAUUUCCGCCUGACUUCUUCGGUCAUAGACAUUGUUAGAAUAGGAACUAAUAAUUUUGAAAGAGGUGACAACAACACGUGGAACAUUGAUGUGAUGACACCCUCAUCCGGCGAAAAACUAAAUAUUUUCGGACGCAUAAGUGAUUCCAGUGAUAGUUCUUAUAAAGGCCUGUACGCAUUUGACAUUGCAUGAAUGAACAUGGACAGUAGUUAGAAAGCCUAGUGGCGUUAAGCUGAACAUAUUGUAUCCUAUCAGAUUAUAAAUACAUAUAUUAUCCGGAUUUCUUUUAGACGUGUCCUUCAUAGAGAAUUAGUAUAGUGUUUGGUGUUGAUUUUCUAUUCCAUUGCAACUCUACUUUUAACAGAUAUGAGUUAUUAUCAUAUUAAGUGUAUGUUUAACUCCAACAUAUGAAUGACCGAAAGCUGCUUUCUACGUAUUUCUGUGUAUGAUUUUGCAACAAAGACUUAUUGGCAACUUUUCAGAAAUUCAUAUUUCCAAGUUGUUUAUUUCCAAAAGAUCUAUUGACCUUUCAAGCUUAACUAUUCAUAACAAACUAUAAAGUUAUUGGUCGAGAAUGCAAAAACACAGUUUUAUUUAACCGUGUUCCUAUUAGCAGUCGAAGAUCAGUCGCUAGUGUCCUCAUAAAUUGAUCUCAAAAUGACAAACCCAUUGUCAUCGGCCCAUAGCUAGGCAAGCAGACAGGCAAUUGGUUUCCAUUUUAUGAAACUAAUCGUUGCAACAAUGACAUAAUUUAACGACAAUAACCCUAGAUGUCACGGUUUAAUUGUGGCUGCCCAAAAAGUAAAUAGUUCCCAAUUUACUUUUUCCAAGUGGCAAUAACCGAAAAUAUGUCUAUAUUGAUACUAUUUUAUUUAUACCUUGUUUCUUUUCCAUGCAUUGCAAGUAGUGGUCGACAAUCACUCGUUUAUUUAAACCGUAUCAUUAAUUGUUGGCACUCUUAUGCCUGUAAGGUCAGAAGAAGACGAGAAUAAUUCGUUUAAGACGUAGUGUGCAAAGUGUUGACAAUGCCCGUACAAAUCAUUAAGUUUAUUUUCACCAAACGACAUUAAGCAAUGCAUGAAAUACUUUGUAACAAAUUAAAGACAAUGACUGGAUUAAAGUCCCAUGUGAAUGACGUAUAUUUUUACAUGUUUCCGUCGAUGUAAUAUCAUUAUAAAAAUAUGAAAUUCACCAAUAUCACGAAUAUACUGUUAGAUUUAAUUAUUUGACACUCUUUCUCCUAUCAUGCAGUCCCAUGUUUUCGGGUGAUCAUUUGUACUUUGAGUUUUGAUAAGCAAACAUAUAAUUUGCGUUCAUUUUAUUCAGACUUAUUAUGCUUCAAACAAUUGGGCUGCAGAAUGUAUUGUAAAGAAAAUAUUUAUUGAUGUACAUUUCAUAUAUAUCCGUAUACAAUAUAUGGUUUACUUUUUAUUAUUUUUGCAUAAUUGUUUUUAUUCAAAUAUAACUGACGUGUAUCAAAUUGUUGACUGUGAUAAAUUAAGUCUUUCUGUAUGUAAUAUGUUAAUACUGUACAACACAUGUAAUUACAUUCCUUGUUAUGUUAGGUACUGAUACGAUAAUGUUAUCAUAUAUAUCUUAAUUCUCCCCAUGAGACUGUGAUAAUCAAUAGUUGGAAGAGAGAUAUGAAAUUAAGAACGUUACGUGUACCUGUAUUGCAAUCGAAUACAAUGGUGCUGGGCAAUAUAUUUUAACGUUUUACUAUAUUUUUUAUGUGUUUUAUUUUAUUUUAUAUUAUUUAUUCUCUUUAUAAAUUUAUUAAUCAACCCGGUUUAAAAUGUUUGUAUGGUAAACACAAACGCUAAAAAAGGUAUUUAAAUUAUGUUUACAUUGAACAAUCUAUUUUCCAUCGGUCUUAUAAGAUUUCUUGAUUAAAUGUUAUUUCCAAUUAUGUAUUGUAUUGUUCGGAUGAGUUGUGUGUUUUGUAAACGUUUAGUCUAACUAUAACGCUAGAAUAUAAGUUUGGAGGAACAGAAGAUUGAAUUAUGUAUUUAUUUUUGUUGUAUUGUCCGGAUUAGUUGUACGUUUAGUCUAACUAUAACGCCAGAAUAUCAGUUUGUAAGAACAGAAGAAAAACACUCAGUAAGUAAUUAAGGAGAGUGAUUUAGUUGGCCUGGUGCCUAACUCCCAUUGUAUCUACAUACCGAGCAAUAAAGUGUUCUGAAGUGUAAGUAAUUGAUGGGUAUUGAUAUGCGCCAUUUCACGAAUUACAUACCUUGCUGAUUUGUGUCUAAUAGCUAUACAACUAUAGACAAUAGCUUCAGUUGUAGGUGUAUCUACAUCUACCACGUGACGAUUACCUAUUUCAAUCAAACGUUACCGCAUUAGGAUUUUCCCUAUUGAGACAUUAUAGUUUUUAAUGUUAUUUGAAGACUGUGAAUAGAAUAAAGGUAUAAAUACUGAAUAUGUACAGGUGUUAACGGUAUGCCUGUUUACACUCACAUGCACAUUUAAACAUGAAAUGAAAACGAUGGAACAAGUUAUAUUUACUAAAACAAAUCUGUAUAAA